GCCGCGCGUGAGGCCGAGGGAGGGGCGGCGGCGCGAGCGGCGGCGGCGGCGGUUCCAGCAUGAAGAGGAGAGCUGGCCUGGGGGGCAGCAUGAGGUCAGUGGUGGGCUUCUUGUCCCAGCGGGGCUUGCAUGGGGACCCCCUGCUCACUCAGGACUUUCAGAGGAGACGCCUGCGAGGCUGCAGAAACCUCUACAAGAAGGACCUCCUGGGCCACUUCGGCUGUGUCAAUGCCAUUGAAUUCUCCAACAAUGGAGGCCAGUGGCUGGUCUCAGGAGGAGAUGAUCGCCGGGUUCUACUAUGGCACAUGGAACAAGCUAUCCACUCCAGAGUUAAGCCCAUACAGCUGAAAGGAGAGCAUCAUUCCAACAUUUUUUGCCUGGCUUUCAACAGUGGGAACACCAAAGUAUUCUCUGGAGGAAAUGAUGAGCAGGUUAUCCUCCAUGAUGUUGAAAGCAGUGAGACCUUAGAUGUGUUUGCUCAUGAAGAUGCGGUGUAUGGCUUGUCAGUGAGCCCAGUGAAUGACAACAUUUUUGCCAGCUCCUCAGAUGAUGGCCGGGUUCUCAUCUGGGACAUCCGGGAAUCUCCCCAUGGAGAGCCCUUCUGCCUGGCCAACUACCCAUCAGCCUUUCACAGUGUCAUGUUCAACCCUGUGGAGCCCAGGUUAUUGGCCACAGCCAAUUCAAAGGAAGGAGUGGGACUCUGGGAUAUUCGAAAACCUCAGAGUUCUCUCCUGCGCUAUGGGGGCAACCUAUCCCUCCAAAGUGCCAUGAGUGUGCGAUUCAACAGCAACGGGACCCAGCUCCUGGCCCUGAGACGACGUCUGCCCCCUGUACUCUAUGACAUCCACUCCCGCCUGCCUGUGUUCCAGUUUGACAAUCAGGGUUACUUCAACUCAUGUACCAUGAAAAGCUGCUGUUUUGCAGGAGAUCGUGACCAGUAUAUCCUUUCAGGCUCUGAUGACUUCAACCUGUACAUGUGGAGAAUUCCUGCAGAUCCAGAAGCAGGUGGCAUUGGUAGGGUGGUCAACGGAGCCUUCAUGGUGCUGAAAGGGCAUCGGUCUAUUGUGAACCAGGUCCGAUUUAACCCCCACACCUACAUGAUCUGCUCUUCUGGUGUAGAAAAGAUCAUCAAGAUCUGGAGCCCAUACAAGCAGCCAGGAUGUACCGGAGAUCUGGACGGUCGGAUUGAGGAUGAUUCUCGCUGUCUCUAUACCCACGAAGAGUACAUCAGCCUUGUGCUGAACAGUGGGAGUGGCCUGUCCCACGACUACGCCAACCAGUCUGUGCAGGAAGACCCUCGGAUGAUGGCCUUCUUUGACUCCCUGGUGCGUCGCGAGAUCGAGGGCUGGAGCUCCGACUCAGACAGCGACCUCAGCGAAAGCACCAUCCUCCAGCUGCACGCAGGGGUCAGCGAGCGUUCGGGCUACACCGACUCCGAGUCCUCGGCCUCGCUGCCGCGCUCGCCUCCGCCCACAGUGGAUGAGUCUGCUGACAGCGCCUUCCACCUGGGGCCCCUGCGGGUCACUGCCACAAAUGUGGUGGCUUCAACUCCGCCACCGCCCACGUGCGAGGAUGCCACCGCUCGCCAGCAGCGCCUGUCUGCCCUGCGGCGCUACCAGGACAAGCGCCUCCUGGCCCUUUCCAACGAGUCCGAUUCAGAAGAGAACGCCUGCGAGGUUGAACUGGACACAGAUCUCUUCCCCCGGCCACGGUCUCCCAGCCCUGAAGACGAGUCCAGCAGCUCCGGCAGCCCCAGCAGCUCCGAGGACGAGGAGGAGCUGAAUGAACGGCGAGCGUCCACCCGGCAGCGGAACGCCAUGCGGCGCCGGCAGAAGAUGCCUCGAGAGGAGAGGCCUGGUGCCCCGACCAAGCCCACCGACACCUGCAUUGGAGAAGACAACUAUGAUUACCCCCAGAUCAAAGUAGAUGACCUCUCUUCUUCCCCCACCUCCUCUCCUGAGCGGAACACGUCCACUCUGGAGAUUCAGCCAAGCCGAGCAUCGCCAACUUCCGACAUAGAGUCAGUUGAGCGCAAGAUUUAUAAAGCUUACAAGUGGCUCCGCUACUCCUAUAUCUCCUACUCAAAUAACAAAGAGGGAGAGAGCUCGCUUGUGUCUGGGGAGGCAGAUGAAGGGAGAGCAGGAACCAGCCACAAGGACAACCCAGCCCCUUCUUCCAGUAAGGAAGCCUGUCUAAACAUGGCCAUGGCCCAGAGGAACCAGGACCUGCCCCCCGAAUGCCACGGCAAGGACGCUUUUAAAGAAGGGACUUCUGCCAUAAAUCCCAGCAAUGGCCCAGGCCAUGAGCCCAGCGGUCACCCUUGGGCUGAGGCACCAGAGGACACCUCUCAGGGCACGAGUAACACUGGUGGCUCUGUAGAACACUCUUUUGAGACCAAGAAGCUCAAUGGAAAGGCCCUAAGCAAGUCCCUGAGCAGCCGGGCUGAGGAGCCACCCUCCCCUCCUGUCCCCAAGGCAUCUGGCUCCACUCUCAGCAGCGGGUCUGGCAACUGUCUGAGGACCCAGUCUGAUGACAGUGAGGAGAGGAGCCUCGAAGCCAUCUGUGCCAACCACAACAAUGGGCGCUUACACCCCCGGCCCCCUCAUCCCCACAGCAACGGGCAGAACUUCGGGGAGCUGGAGGCGGUGGCCUGCUCGUCCCCAGGACGUUCGGACACCGAUCGUGAUAACUUGUCCCUGACAGGGAUGCUUCUACACAAAGAUUGUUGUGGGUCUGAAAUGGCCUGUGAGACCCCCAGUGCUGGAACGAGAGAGGACCCCACUGACCCCCCAGACACAGACAGCAGCAGGGCUGUUCAUGGCCAUAGUGGCUUCAAAAGGCACCGAAUCGAAUUGGAAGACACAGAUUCGGAGAAUUCCUCCUCAGAGAAGAAAUUAAAAACAUGAUAAAUACAAAGGGAAAACAAAAAGCUAUGAAAAGUAGCUUUACAAAAAUUUUUAAAUCCUGUUUAGUGAACACAGAGGAAAGGAAAAAUAGUAUUAAAGGCACAUAAAACCAGGGCCUGAAGUUUUGUGUCUGAUGCUGCUCCCUUCUAUUCAACAAUGGGUCUGAUGUUUAGCUGGCCAUUGGCUGUGCUGUGUUAAGAAAGGGAAAAAAAAUCCAAGUGACUCCUUUCUAGUAAGACUUGAGCAUAGUAUACCUGUGCAGAUUCUGUUAAAGUAAAUCCUUGUUGAGAUGUUUGACUUGUUCUUGUGUGUGUGCGCUGGCACGUGUGAGCUCAUUGUCUCAGACUUUUCUUUCCAUUCUCCAUCAGAAAGGAUCUAUGGAUCUGUAUUUUUUGCCGUCUCACCCCAUUUACAUGCCAUAGGUGUUCUGGUCUUAAUAAUGAGUGCCUGCUAAAUCAGGUUGUGUUGCCAGUGAGUAGUGGAUUUAUGCUGAAAGAAUGGAGACGAGAAUGGAAAUAGGCCUUCAGCCCACUGGCUGUGCUGGAAAGGAAAGCAUGGUUCCUUUCUUAAAGAAAUCUUCCAUGUUUUCUCAGUAGCACUUCUUCAUUGAGCGUUUAAUGUAGAUGUACUAAAAGUGGAGCGUUUUUAAUGCUAAUGAGAGGUUAGCACUUAAGAUCAGAUUUGAGAGAACAUAGAUAGAUCCCUGAUAAAUUUCACUGGUUGCAAAUUGAGCGAUGGCGCAAUACCAAACUGUAGGGAGGCCAUAAAAUAUGACUAGUUGUGGGUAACACUUUAGCAAGUUAGGUGCUAGUUCCUGCGAGGGACUCAGAAAGCCAGCAGGCUCUUCCUGGCCUCAUGUGGUAGCAUCUAGGCAUACUGAAAGAAGGGGAAAGACAGCUCUCAAGAGAUUUGUGCUCAGACUACUAAAGUGAAUGUUAUAGGUGUGUUAAUGAAGAAGUAUAGGAAAGAGCAGAGUAUGGUACUGCCUUCAUUUAAUUCAACCCAAAAUGGUCAGAAUUGGUGGGACUGGCAUCUUCCCUCAGGCUUGCUGUCCACAGAGACUGUGGUGUUCUGACUGGAUCUUGCAGAGCAGGAGGCAUCUCGAAGUAACAGAUUCUUAUUGAGUAGGUCUGUUAGGAGGCAGAGAGUACGGAGAGAGGAGUCAACUGGCUCUGUUUCAUUAAGGUAGAUAAAGAUUGAGAGGGGAAAAGACCAGGAGCUUUUCGGCAUUGCAGUGGUGGUCACACUCACUUGGUUAUUAAUGAAGGCCUGUACAAGACAGGAAGACCUAGGAUGACAGAUACCUUGUUGGCGUGGAUGUCAUGAAAAGGCAGGAGAAUACUGGGAAGAAAUGAGGGAGAGAGAGAACACUACAACUUUCUUGAGCACGAAGGUGCUAGACAAUUAGGAGACCAGCGGCACUGGCUUAGCGAGGAGGACCUAGCAUGUGACUGGUGUGGCCUCACUGAUCCAGCGUUCUUUUUAGGGAAGGACCCGUCCUACUGGAACUGGGACCAAGGGGAGACAGCCUGUGGAGGAUGACGACUUGGAUGCAUUUAGUCACUGGGGGAAGGGGGGUUAUUUAUAAAGGAAGGUUGUUGAUCUAAGCCAAAAGGAGAUAUCACCUUGCUAAGCUUUGUGAAAAGAAAGAUGUGCCUGGUGUGUGUGAUGUGACUUGGGUGUAAAAACAUUGUCUUAGGAGGAGGAGACGAAGGAGUGUGAGUAGCAGUGGGGCUGCUUACAAGUAAACAACUGUAAUCUCACCGGAGAGUGGGAAAGUGAUUCUGUAACCAUUAGAAUUACUUUAAUCUGUAAUCAAAACGGUUCUAUGAUUUGUCUUUGACUAUUCACAGAUAAUUGUAAAUUCUGGUUUUAUAAGCCCAAGUCAUUUUACAUUUGCUUUUCCAAAAUUUAUUAAAUUGGAAUUUUUUAAUCCUUUAUAUACAAAAAAAAAAGAUAUAAUCACUCACUGUGUGUUUCUCUUCCCCUUCCUAGUCAGCAUUCCCCUUCCCAAUCUUUUUGUUUUAUAUUAUUUAAUCUAGUCAGUAGCUAGCCACUUGUGACUUCUCUAAGGACAAUCCGCAUAUCUUUCUGGAGAAGAAGUAAAGUUCCGCCACUUGGUAGUCACUGUUCCCAAACGCAGAAGUUGGUCUUUUCAUGUUAAGAGCCGUUAUCUCAUUUGGGUACUCCAAAGAGAAGUCAAAGUUCAUUCUGGUUCAACUUUAGUAUCCAAGAAAGACAUUGUUAGCAAGGAUGGCUUCCGUCCUUGGGAGACAUCUCAGGUUCAGCUUGCCGAGAGAUAGGCCCCGCAGCAUACCCACAGAAGCAGGCUGAGGAAUGCUUGUCUCUGUAGCCGUUCCACUCUCAUUGCCAGAAAUCUCCUGUCUGUGAUCAUGGUCUUGGAAACCUGGCAGGAACUACCACUUCCAGGGUCCCUUCGCCUAAACUUGCAGAAUUGAGGCGCCAACUUUGGAGGCACAUUUAAUCCUCAGAUUCUUCCAUGAUAGGUAUUUUUACUAACAGGGCAGAUGGCACUGAUUAGGUUAUGAACUAUUCAAAAGUGCCUCUUAUGGUUUUUUUCCUGCAUCCUGUACAUAAAAUUUUAAGUGGCUGGUCCAGAUUUAUAAAACCUUCCCUCCACUUUAUUUUCCACCUGGUUUUGUAAAUGAUUCCCAUGUCUCUAGGACAACAGGUAAAUGAGUUAAAUGAGUAGUGGGCUUGGGGCAAAAGAAGGUUGCAACUGCGCUUGAUUUACUAAGCCCGGAGUCCCUUGUUUGUCAAGGUGCCUUCCUCUGCUGAAGCCUUACCUCCUCACAAGCCCCGCCUCUCUCCCGGCAACGCUAGCUCUUCUCUUGUGUAUAUGCAAAUAAACCUAUUAUUCACUUCUAA